CUGCCAUUGACCUCAUUAGUGACGGAAGAAAAUAGUAAUGCAUGAAAAUCUUUGUAAAUGACCUAGUAUGAGAGGUCCAAGUUUGUGAUGGAUAAGAAUGAAUCAGUCUUUGAUGUCAGGAAUCGGAUGAGUAGGAUCUCCACCCUUGUUGGCGCCCAGGAGGGACAACACUCUGCCUCGAAAAUGACGACCGAAAAAGACAUUGUUGAAAAAGAAGCCAUCCACUCAAAAUUAUUGGACAAAGACCCGAAAGAAAAUGUCCACGAUACUGUCAUUGAGUGUUCAGUAUGUCUACAGCCCAGUAUACAUCCGGUUCAGCUUCCCUGUCAGCAUAUAUUCUGCUUCUUAUGUGUGAAGGGCGCAGCCCAUCGAAGUAAGCGAUGUGCCUUGUGUAGACAAGAAAUUGUACCAGAGUUCUUUCAGAAGCCCAAACUGAUAAGACAACAAGACUUAGAGAAAACUAUCACAUUUGAUGAAAAAUAUCAGUGGUUUUAUGAAGGCAGGAAUGGAUGGUGGCAGUAUGACGACCGCACUAGUCAGGAACUUGAGAUAAAACACAAGAAUGGUGACAAAUUAUUUGAGCUGUUGAUUGCUGGGUUUUUAUAUGUUAUUGAUCUUGAAAAUAUGGUUCAAUUUCGCAGGAAUGAUAGGACCAGGAAAAGAAAUAUAAAACGUGAUGAAAGCAACAUUGAGGGUGUGAAGGGCGUCGCUGGACUUAAAUAUGUUAACCAGAACACAAAUGAAAGACCUGGGGCUGAGGGUGUAGAACAGCCAAGGUCAAGGUCAGGUGUCCUCAAUGUUGUCACUCCGACAGAUACUGGACACGAUGAUGCAAUAUUAUCUCCCCCUGCCCCCAAUAACACCCCACAGACACCACAAACCCCAGCGGAUAGUCCUCCAAACAGCACAUCAGGAUCACAGCAGGAUUUAUCGCUUCACUUUGAACAUCUCUCACUGGAUGAAUUAGAUUCAUCACAGGCUUUAUCAAACCAGACAGUUGUUGGACGUGAUCAAUCACAGCAAAGGUCACAGAUGAUUUCAUCGAGAGGUCAGUCAAUUAACAUGGUUGACCAACAGCCUGUCAGUGGUCAGAUGUUUCCACCCCUAUCUGGUCCAUUUGAUUAUGAACUUGGAGAGAGUUUGUAUUCUCCAUCUGAUUCAAGUGGUGAGGAUUAAAGAUUUAAUUUUGUAAUAUCACCAGUCACCGUUGCAUUGGCCAAGCAAAUCAGGAUGAAGGAUCUACACCUGUCGGGAAUAUUUCUAAUCAAACAAACUUUAAUUACAUUGGUCUAUGGAUUGUAAAAUUAAUACUAUACGUUUGAUAUCUUCAUGAAGUGAAACAUCAUCAUGGAAUUUUUGAUUACUUAUCAAGACGAGCUUAUGCUAGAAGUUUCCGGCGUUUAGUUCAUAACUUGUACUAGUUUGGUUUAUAGUUUGAUUGAUAAUUACUGCUUGUCUGUCCGGUGUAUGAAGUACUCAUUUUUGCUGUAAUGCUUUACAUUAAUCUAACUAUUAAAUGGUGUUUGAUUAUAUGAAGAUAUCUUGAAUGUGUUAAAUAACAUUUGAUAUGGUUAUAGAUUUUGCCUGAUUUUCUUAGAAGACAGAUUUUGCUACAUUGUAUUUACCUUCAAAAUUCUACUUUUGAACUCUCAUUGUACUUGAUAUCAUACAAACUGUGCUGUCUAAGUACUAAAAGCUGUGUUUUUGUACUUUUACACAUUUAUUCCCCUUUCAGAAAUUUGAAAUUCGGAACUUUGAAUCCCUGCAUAUUUAAUUGAUCACCAUGACAUCAAAAUACAACUAUUCUCAUAUACCUAUUAUAGUGGUGUAUUAUUAUCAAAAGAAUUUUUGAUAUUACUAGAUAUUACCUGUGAUACAGAUGUUAAUACUGGCUGAUGAUUAGAGACCUGUAUAUACUAGCAGGCUUCUUGGGAUGAAUUCCUAGUGCUCUGAAAACUGUGCUUAAAAAACAGAUCUCAUAUAAAUUAUAUACUAAGUAUUUAAUUCUGAUGCUGUACAUUUUUCCUGUGUUUAUGAAACACAUACAUAUGUAUAUAUGUUAUAAAAUAUCUUUAAUGUAUUUUUACAACUCUGACUAUAGUCCUCAACAUGUACAUGUACUUAAGGGUGUUUGUCUAGAUCACUACUAGUAAAUAUUUUGGAUUGUGUUAGAAUUAUUGUCUGAAAAUGGUACAGUUAAAAGUGUUUUUAAUCAAAUCUUUCAACCAGUCUUUCAUAUAUUGUAGGCUAUGUAAUUCCCAGUACUUCUCAGUACUGAACUCAAAAGUUGGUAAUAUUUGUGGGUGUUCUGGUUUUGCUAUAUUUGCAAUCAUUAAAGAUAGUGUAAAAAUAAGAUAUCCAACCAACAUUUAAAAGAGAAUGAAAAUUUAAGAAAAUAUUUUUAUCAAUGUAUAGCUGUAUAGACAUCCAGAAAACUUGAUCUAGUCCAUACUGAGUUGAUCAUUAAAUAUUAACCUGAUGAAAUUUGAUAACUUUAGUUGUAUACAGUAUUUAAGUUAAGUGUACAGUACCUAGUAGUGACAUGUGCAUUGUCCAGUAAUAAGCCAGUAUGUCUAAAACAAGUUGAGAUUUACUGGAGAUAUACUUAUUGACCAUGAUGAAAAUGUUAUCCAUAUAUAUACUGGUGAAGCAUUUCUGCUGAGGUUUUUAAUAGUAAUUAGAUUAACAUAGGUUUAUUACAUAGGUAUGGCAUGGGUGCAUAAUGUUGAAUACAAAAAAGUACCCAAUAUACAUAGAUUUUAUAUCUAUAUGUAGAAUUCAUAGAUACAUGGUCAACUCAUUAGUUGAGAUGUUCUUUCAAAAACUUAAACAUGAUAAUGAUAAUUGAUUUUAUACUGGAAUCAUCACUUAGGAUUGUAAACAUCACAUUGAUUUGUGAAAAUUAUUGUUUACUGUAUACAAUGUUUUGAUAAACUUCAAAUGUAAAGAAAGUUUUUUAACAACGUUUUUCAAAACUGGACACAUCUGUUGCUGAGGUAUUGUUGCACUGUAUGAAAAUUUGAAACUUUAUAGAUAAAAUUUCAUAGAGUAAGUUUACAAACAUGCAUUUUAAAUAUGAAUACAUUGUGGUUCAAGUGUAUAUAAAGUUUAAUGUAGGGAGAGAAGGAAGCAUUUUUAGAAUUCAUAGUGUAUGAAUGCACAUGUUGAGGUCAAACAUAUUUGUAAAUAGUGGGGUCGCAUAAACAAAACAAUAUUUGCUAAAGGUGGUGUAUAUAUGGUCACAUUGAUUAUAAAAUUAAUUGAUACAAUAUCUUUUAAGUCCAAGUUCACUUUUUUAUAGAUUUAUAUCUUGUCUGCACCUUUGGAAUGAUAAAGUCAUAGCACAUGCAACAGUCACUGGUAAACACCAUUUAACCAUUUGAAGAUUUUUGACAUAAAAGAACGAAAUGUCUUUCCUAAAAUAUCAUUGGAGAUAAAAUAUGAGCUGCUCACAAAGUAGGUUGUUGUACAAAGAAAUCACAUACAUGCAUGUAAUUUUUCUUGUUUGUUGUGUUAAUCAACCCAUGAACAGCCACGACCAUUUUGAGAUGGACUCAUUGCAUUCUACCCCAAGCAAGUGCAGUGUCUUUCUGGAGGACACAUGUCACCAUGGCACAAUGGCCUCUUCAUGACCUGAUCUUUCUGAGAAUUACAAACUGUCCUAAAUAGAGACAAUUGAAUUGCAAACCUCAGAUUCACCUUGGACUAGAAAGUUUGAUGCCCUGUUGACUGACCAAGUUGUUGUGGCCAUAUGGAUAGAAACAUUUGAACAAAUUCUGUUAAAUUGCAACUUUUGCAAACUUUGGUAACAUGUAGUAAACAAAGCCUUUGGUUUAAUAAUGUUAUAUCCAAAGGUGUGAGGGAUAUAAUUUCCAGGAAGGCAUGAAUUCUUGGAUUUUGAAGAUACUUGUAUAUUUUUUCCGAUUGGCAACCAUAAACAUGCAUAAUAUCUUGCAUUUAAGCUUGCAAUGUAAAUAUUUAGAACUGCUGGUGUUAGUUUUCUUGUCUAUAAUGUAUUUGUAUAUGUGAUGGAUAUGUGAUGCUUUAGUCAGCAUUUUUUGUAAAUUUAAAUAAUUUUGGUUGUUUUAGAAAUUCAAACAACUGGCAUUACAGUGAUAUAGAGAUUUACUACAUACAGUUUGUUUUCAAUUUUAGAAUUCUAUUUACUAUUUAUUAUUAUAAGCUUAAAGAAUUCAAGAAGCUUAAAGCACUCAAUAGCACAUCAUAAUGAGACGUUUGAGUUGAAGUCAAUGUAAAAAAUGACGAAAAGAAAAGAGUUUUUUUCUUGGUUUUGUAAAUAUAAUGGGCCGUAGUCAUUGUCUGUGAUAGAACUUACAUUGGUUUUUUUGUUUUUGAUGGUGGAUAAAGUUGUUUAUGAAAUGUUAAAGUACCUGCUAUGUAGUACCUGGUUUGUGUACCAGUUUAAGUCCUACUAUAUCUAUCUCUAUUAAAGAGAAAGGUGUUUUUUUUCUUAAAUACAUUUAUGCCACAUAUAAGUCCAUAUGGAAAAUUGCCAAAUUUCAUACUGAAUAAAUUCUGUUUUAUAAUUACAAUCUAUUUACCUUUGCCAUGUAGUCUGUCUGCAUUAUCAAUGGGUUUACAUGUAUUUGAAUUUCUGUUUAAAAAAUUAUAAUACAUGUUACAUUAGCCUUUUUUAGGUCAACAAAGUCUCAUGGUGACCUAUUGUGAUCACCUUUGUGAGGAGACAUGUGUCUGUGAACAAUUUAAUAUUAUCAACUUCUUCUCAAAAACCCAAGAAACCAAUUUUAAGGAAAUUUUGCAGAAAUCUCCCUUGGCCUAAUAUAACAGUGAAUUAUAUGGUCCCCACCCCAUAGGGGCCUGCAGGACAGGGCGAAAAGGGUAAAUUUGACUGGAAUUUCAAAAAUCUUUUUGCUGUACACUAAGAUAUGGUAAAAUCUAAUGCUCUUCAUAGAUGGAAGAACCUUAAGAUGCUUUACCAAAAUUGUGAAUUAUUUGUUCGAUUUCAAACUUGGUUAGAAUUAUGAACAAAGGAUGAUGGCUUGAUUCUGGCUGACUCCUAGGGGCUGAUGGGUGGUGGCCAGAAGGGUCAAAUUGACUCAAAUUUCCAAAAUCUUCUCAACAGUCAUAUAUGGUAGAAUCAAAUGCCCUUCAUGGUUUCUGGUAGGUUCAAUGAUAGAGGUGUUUGGGACUCUUACAGCUUAAACUUUCAUUCACUGAAGCAAAAUAUUUAUUUUUCCCUCCAGAAGUUUUCCUUCUCAAAAAAGAAGCAAGUUAGCAAAUUCCUUUUUGUUGCAUUAUCAUAGAUAGAUUUCACUUUUUUAUUUUGAAAAGUUCAAACCUGGUGUGGCAUCAGUUUCAUUUAAUUUUCAUUGCAUUAUGUACGAAAUGAAAUAUUAGUACAAGGGAUGGCAGGUACAUGUUUUGUGGCACUUAUUUCUUUUGUUCCAAUCAACCUUCAUCUUUUGGGAAAACAUACAUUCUACAUUUUUGAACAGUUCCUGGUCUUCAUUUUUUUUUACCUUUUUAGAUACUUGUAAAUCCCAAAUGUACAUUUAGCCAAUGUUUCAUGUGGCUUGAACACCAAAUAUCUACAGAUGAUUUGACAGAAUGAUGUUUGAUGUGUAUAUGUCUUGAAACAUCAUGUGUACAAACUUGGAUCAGUGGAAACUCUGGCUAACAUAAUUUUGUACGUACAUAUAACAAGGGUAAGAUUUUUCUCUUUGGAAGUAAUUUUUAUUUGACAAUCUUAUAAUAUGCUCAGAAAUAUUUUCUAUUUGAAUUAUAUUGUAAAUAAAUUACAUAGCUCUAGAAUAGAUUAAAUUCCUGGUCCAGAUAAUGUUUGGGUAGGUUGUGAAUUGCAGUGCUUGAUUUUGAUAGAAUCUGAAUUGACAAACAGUCAAGGUGCAUAAAAUGUGCCACAGCCUAGUAUAUGGUAGAUAGUGGAAUUUUUAAUCUGAUGGACAUAGUCCUAUGAGUAUAUUGUAAUUUACUUUAUUUAACAUGUGUUCAUAUUAUAGGCGAUUAAAAAUUUCAAUAAAAUAUUUGACAUUCUCCAA